CCCUGCAACAUCUCCAACUUGAACUCCGAUAGCCAAAUUAGCUGCUCAGAAAGCAAAAUGAGUAACGGAAUUCUCUCACCCGUAACCCAACUAACCGCCGGCGGCUAUUCUGCCGUGGCAGCAAGAGCCUCCCACUUCCACCCUGCUUCCGAUCCACAUUCAAUCGGCUUCACUUCCAGCAUAGCCCGUUUCGUCCUCCGAGCUCGCCGUCCCAGCAGAAGCUUCAGACCCAGUAAUAUCCCCAUCAAAGCUGCAGCUUCCACCGCCACCGCAACCGCCGGGAGUAGCCUGUACGUCAGCACGGAGAGCUUCUACGAUUUGUUGGGGAUCCCGGCGAGCGGAACGCUGCCGGAGAUCAAGCACGCGUACAGGCAACUUGCUCGGAAAUACCACCCGGACGUUUCCCCGCAGGAGAGAGCUGAGGAGUACACGAACCGAUUUCUUGAGGUGCAGGAGGCUUACGAGACGCUGUCGGAUCCCGACAGCCGAGCUCAAUAUGACAGAGCGCUGGCCUCUGGCUUCCAUACGGCUUUCUCUGCUACAAAGCAAUUCCACAAGGGAGCGGAUCCAAAAGGGGAGUGGAAACAAAGGUGGGAAACGCAGAUGGAGGAGUUGCAGAGCAUUCGCCAGGGGAAACAGAGCAAGACCUCUUGGGGACAGAGGAUGAGGAGGCAGAGAUCAUGCGAAGUCAGCUUCAGUUAGUGACUGGAGAAACGAAUUCGCAAGAUGAACAAUUUAGAUUAGUGUUUUUUCCUGGAUUCUAGAUUAGGUCAACUGUCUGUUUCUCGCUUUUGGUGACUUCACUGUGUAAAUAUGUGGUGUUCUUCCAUGGAUGAUACUCGAUCAGAGAGCAGGGGAAUGUUGGGUUUUUAAGCUUUUUUUUUUUAAUUGUACAUAUAGAAUAUAGUGGCGUAAUUUCAAUUCAAAUAAACUUUUAUAGAUCUU